AUGAAAAAUCAAUUACAUUUAAAUUUAAAUGUAAUAGAAACAUUGAAUGUUGAUAAUGAUGAUAAUGAAGGGGAUCCGGUAGAAGCGGCAGCAGCAGCAGCUGCUGUAGCGGAGUUGAAAUGGGAUGGUGUUAAUGUAGAAACCGUCACAACAGUGCCUCAACAACAACUACAACCACAUGAACAAAAACAACAACUACCAGAAGAACAACAACCACUUAGAAGAGAAUAUAGUAAAGUCGAAGCUAUUUCAAUGGGACAGACGUCUACAAUAGCAACAGCAGCAGCAACAGCAACAGUUAGGGGAGAAGCAGGAACUUCAACAGCAGCAGCAGCAACACGAGUAGCGGCAACAUCGUUAUCAUCAUCACCGUCAUUGUUGAAUUCAUCAUCAACGGCAUUAGCUAAAUUUAACCGAAUCAUCGACAGUACAAUGCCGGCAACCAACUACUAUCAGCAUUAUUUGCAACAUCAGCAAGCGCAUGAGAGUAUGCAACAUGCAAUGCGCGCCGGCUUAGCGCCACCAGCUCCGCUGAGUGAUGCAUUACAGCAGCGGCUAGCGCUUGUAUAUCCCGACAUUGUCUCGACUGAUUCGCAAACGAAAAAAAUUAAUUUCACAACAGCAGCAACAACAACAUCAGCAGCAGCAGCAGCGGCGGCCACAGCGAAAACAACAACAACCAGAACUGUGCAAGCAGCCAAACCGAAAGCAAAAGUGAAAGGAAAAUCCGGUGCGUCGCUUGAGCGCCUACGUUCGGCGCGAGCGGAAAUAGCAGCGGAGGAGGAAGCGGCAACAUUAAUGGCCGCAGCUGCUGCAACAGCAACAUCACCCGAUGAUAAUCAAAUGAAACGAAAUGAUGUGCAUUAUUUGUUGAAACAAUUAAAUAGUUUUAGUGAUAUAGAAGAAAUAGAAAUUGUUGAUAUGGAGCAAAGGCAGCGGCAGCUGGAUGAACAGCAGCAGUUGGUACAACAGCAACAACAGCUCGCCCAACAGCAACAACAGCAACAGUAUAUGGGACAUGGCGUGGACAAGACACACUCACCGACAGCGCAAUCGCUUGUGAUAAUCUCGCCAUCGUCGUUAUCGCACAAAGGCAUACGACGUUACGCCUCAUUGCAUCAGCAACAGUGCACUCAGUAUCCGCUUGACAGCGACGAGGCGAUCGACAGCGUCGAACAGCAGCAAUAUUUGUUGCAACAAUUCGACGAUUACCUUUUUCAGUCCUGCCACUAUUUGGAGACAAAUUAUUUUGCCGCCAACUAUCGCACUGCCAUGGUCGAGAGCAGCUCGCACGAGUUUCGGCCAUCGACGACGACGACGACAGGCACUUCGGCAGCGUCUGUCUCAUCGGAGCAUUCGCUUGAGCUGCACGAGACUGAGCCGCCGAGCGUCAUAUGCAAAGCGCCGCCACCAGCGCCUGUGUCACCGCCCACUACAACCGUAGCCACUACUGCAAUGCCAUCAUCCGUUGGUGGUAUUGCAGUCACGUCCACAACGCUAAAACGCUACGGUAUGCAAGCGCGGUUGACUACCAGUGGCGUACAAACCGAACUCACCGCCACCUCACUAACGGAGGCGUCAUUGGCGAAGAGCACCAGCAGUUCGGCCAGUUCCGAAGAGCAGCGACGACGUGCGCCAUUCUUCAAAUGCUGCUACACGCCCAUCGAUCGCUGGCGAGAAAAGCGUAGCGCAGCACAUACGGCUGCAGCAGCACAAAAGCGCGGUAGUCGACGUGCCACCGCGCAGACUAGUGGUGUUGAUGCUGCAGCGUCGGUAAGUGGGCGUGCCGUCGGUAUCAGUGCCACCGUCGGACAGCAGCAGCAGCAACAGCAACAUACGCGCAAAAAUGGGCAUGCAGUCUGACAAAACGCGUGCGCGAUGGUGUGUGUAGGCGUAGUGAGUGUCAGCGUGAGCUGUGAGAAGCGGCGUGCGAACAAAUACAGAAAUACAAAAUCGAUCAGUGCCGCUGUCUAUUUGCGAUAUCAACAAUUUUUUCUAUUUCAAAUUGAUGCUUGGGAUAUUUACUAACAUACAUUGGUAUACGCGAAAAUAUCUCAAGUGGAUUAUUUGUUGGUAAACUAGAGAUGAAGUGAAGAGAGAUGUAGUAGUGGCGCCUUGUGCGCGAAAACGAAACUGAAACAGAAGCAGAAAAAUGGAGAUUUGCGAAAUUAAUUGGUGGAUUUAGGAAACAAAGAAAAAACAUAAAAUAAAAUAGAAGUCUUAAAAAGUGUUCUAAAUGUUAAAGCUUUUUUAAAAGGCUUUUUAAGUUAAGUUAUAUGCAAAUAAGCUGGAGGCGAAAGAGUGCAUUGCCAGUGCGAGCUGGCGAGUUUAGGAAGUUGCGCACGCUAACUUCAAAGAUAAUGAAGAAUUGAUGGCAGUUUUAAGUUUUUUGCCUUAAAAUUUAUUUUUUUUUAAUAUCUUGACUCAAGUAAGGAAAGGAGUGUAACUAUACUUUUUUUUUAAUUUUUUUUCUUUUUUUUUUGUAGCCCUUCGCUUGAUUCUGCGCAAUGCAUUUAUUAUAUUUUCUUAUGUCCAUACGGGUAUGAAAUAAUUAAAAUUUGGCACUUUUCUUUUUGUCCACUGAAUUGUAAACCUGCUUUUAAUAUUUUUUUGUUUCUAAUUGUCUUAUUAUCUUAGUUCGAAGGAAAAAGAGUGAGGUUACACUUCGUUUUUUCUUUAAUGCUUUCUAUUUGCGCUCGAUUUAUUAUAUUUUAGUAUAUCUUUACAGGUAUGAAGGUAUUAAUAUUUGAAUUUUUUUUUACUGAAUUGCAAACCUGUAUGCUUUUAAUGUUUUUUGUUUUCUAAUAUCUUAAUUCAAGUAAGGAAACAGAGUGAGGUUAGAUUUUUUUUUUGGUCUUUGAGCUCGAUUUUAUGGAUUUAUUAUAUCGAUGCAUGCAUGAAGUAAUUAACAUUUAGAACUUUUAUUUUUUGUCCACGGAAUUGUAAACCUGUAUGCUUUUAAUAUUUGUUUUUGCUUUGCUUUAAUAUGUAAAAUAUAUUCUUAAUAUAAUUCAAGUAAGGAAAAAUAGUGAGGUUAGACUUUUUUCCGUUUAUUGUUUGGUCAGUAGCGUUUUUCAAUGCGUUUUCUUUGAGCUCGUUUUUACGGAUUUAUUCAUUAUAUUUUCCUAAUAUCUUAAUUCAAGUAAGGAAAAAUAGUGAGGUUAGACUUGUUUCCGUUUUCCGUUUUUUGUUUUUUGUUUUUGGCCAUUUGUGUGUUUCAAUGCGUUUUCUUUGAGCUCAAUUUUGCGCAUUAUAUAUAUUUUUUAUUAUAUAAAUGCAUGUAUGAAGUAAUUGUUGUUUGGAACACUUAUUUUUUGUCCACUGAAUUGUAACCCAUUACUAACAUUUUUACGUUUCAAGUAUGUACCACAUUUUUUUAUACAUUUUACCAAUGCUGGCUACAGUUUCGGCCUAUACUGAGUGGCUUUCAACGAAUUUCAGCCAAAAUAAAUCAAUACGAGCCGGAAUUCAGCUUAGCAAAAAUAUUUUGAUGACAUUUUUUUUUGGUUUUUUCUUAUUUUUGUUAUUAGCGUGCGCCGUUUGCAGAUUAGUGAGUUCCGAUUGCUUUUGUUUUUACAUUGAAUAGAAGCAUCUAAAUAAUCACUUAUUGUAAGAACACCGAAUGUCAUCACAAUGCCUACACACACAGCGAUUAUAAGUGACUGCUACACACACGGAACGAAAAACCGCACACAUAACAUACACAUAUACACAUUUAGUUUGCGAGCCUCACAAAGUUGCAUAGAAGAAGCUAAAUAUGUAAAACUAAUAUAAUAUUACUAAAAUAACGAAAUGUGGAGAGUAUGCAAGCAUAAAAAAGUAAAUAAUAGCUUAAUAUAUCUAAUAUAAAAAUAAAAUAAAACUAAAAAAUUAAAAAAAAAAACAAAUGCCGUCGGUAGGUAAAAAUUUGCAAAGGAGGAAAUUACAACAGCAGCACAUAGCAUAAUACACGAAUGUUUACGAAAAAAUACUUUACAAAAUUAAAAUAAUGAAAACGCGAGCGUUUAGUCUUUACAUGAAUAUAAUUAUAAAAAUGCAAAUACUAAGGAUAAGUAACUUUUUCUAAAACACAAAAGAGGUAUAGAAGAAUAGUAGAAUCGCAAGUAAAAACUACGAUACAGAAAUUAAAAAAAAAAAAACAAAAAAAACCAAACACUUAUUGUUAAUGCAUUAAAACGCUAAAAAAUAGAAGCUACAUUACAAAAUAAAAACAAGAAAAAAAGAAACACACACAUGAAACGCAUAUUAAUAAUGUAAGCUAUGAACUAUAUAAAGCGCAUCAAAUACCAGUAAAUAAUUUAAAUUAGAGAGCUUGUAUAGUAAAUGGGAGAUAUCGAACCAAACCACACAAAACAAAAUAAACUGCAACAUUCAUUACAAAAAUAAAACAAAAAAUUAAAAAAAAAAUAUUGAAAAGAAAUAACUUAAUAAUAAAAAAAAACUAAAAGCAAGUAUAGAAAUGAAAUUUUAAAGCGCUAAUUUUUAAUUUCCAUAACAUUCUAGCAAUAACUUAUUAGGUAAUGCAUAUAAUUAUACAUACAACAAGUAAAGCGAGCAAGCAAAAAGAAAAAAAAACAAA